AUUGAAAGAAGCGACACGGACUCGUCUCGUCCUCCGCUGCUGGUCGGUCCUGGUCGGUCCUGUUCGGUUGUUCGGUUCGGUUCGGUUCGGAUCCUCCUCGACGAGCCACCGACAGUCAGCGGACAGACGUGUGACUGUGGAUCUCGAUCAGAAACUGAUCGAAUCGAUCGAUCAGCUGCUUCGGGAACAUUCAUCUGUGAUAAGAUGUCAAGUGCUGAAGGUCGCACUGCAGUGAUGUCAUCACUCCUCUUCCUCCUGCCCUUCCUCAUCCUCUCCCCCACCUCAUCGCUGGAGUUCCGUUAUCACAACAACCGUGAGAUCGAGCAGUACCUCCAUCAGAUCAGCUCCUCCAACCCCGACAUCGCACACGUGUACAGCAUCGGCCAGUCCGUCAGAGGUCAGCAGCUGUGGGUGUUGGUUCUGGGUCUAAGUCCUCGGAGUCACACCCUCGGGAUCCCAGAGUUCAAAUAUGUGGCCAACAUGCAUGGAAACGAGGUUCUCGGCCGUGUGCUGCUGCUCCAGCUCGUGGACGACCUGGUGCGUGGUUACCGCAGCAAUGAAUCUUGGUCUCUGCAGCUGCUGAACAGCACCCGGAUCCACGUCCUCCCCACGAUGAACCCUGACGGCUUCGACGAGGCCGGUACACACUGCCAGUACAGCCAGGGCAGGUUCAAUCAUAACGGCGUCGACCUGAACAGGAACUUCCCCGACGCCUUCGCUCGUCUGCGACGGCCACAGCAGCCUGAUGAGGAGAAGAGGGAGGCAGAGGUCCGGGCUGUGAUUGGCUGGUUGAAGACUGAGACUUUCGUUCUCUCUGCAAAUCUUCACGGUGGAGCUCUGGUGGCCAGUUACCCCUACGACAACAGCAACGGGGGCAGCGAGCAGGUGGGCGGGGCCAGCAUCGCCCCUGAUGACGACGUGUUCGUUAACCUGGCGAAGGUUUACUCCCACAACCACGGCUCCAUGCACCGGGGGGGCGGCUGCGAUGUCGGGGCGACCUUCGUAGACGGCAUCACCAACGGAUUCCUGUGGUAUCCUCUGGAAGGUGGGAUGCAGGACUACAACUACGUGUGGGCUCAGUGUCUGGAGCUGACUCUGGAAAUUUCCUGCUGCAAGUUUCCUCCAGUCAGUGAACUUCCUGCUCUGUGGGCGGACAACAGGAAGUCGCUGCUCGCCUUCAUCCAGCAGGUCCACCUGGGGGUCAAAGGUCGUGUGUUUGACGGCUCCGGGGUGCCUGUGCAGAACGCCCUUGUGGAGGUCAAAGGUCGUAAGAACACGUGUCCGUUCCGAAGCGACCGACACGGAGAAUACUUCCGACUGCUGCUGCCCGGGACCUACAGCUUCACAGUGACGUACCCGGGUCACGAGGUUCUGACGGAGACUCUCACCGUGCCGUACGGGCCCGACCGCUACUCCGCCAUGAAACACGACUUCCUGCUGCAACGCACCGACGCUAACUCCCCCCCGGCUAACCCCACCAGUGCUACCCCCACCAUCACCCCCACCUGUAACUACACGUUAAACCUGGAGGGAGGUAGCGCCAUGGCCACGCCCACAUGGGCGGGGCUGAGUGCGGCGCUCGUGUUCGCGGCGGCGCUCCGAUCGGCGACUGACUGAAGCCGUCUGGCGCUCGGCAGAAGGUCAAAGGUCGAAGCGUCAGCCUCCAGAGAAACAAACAAUAAGAACACGUUGGUCCAACCAGAGGGUUUGAUUCCAGGACCUGGGGUUCGCCCUUCACACCCGCAGCUUCGUGAGCGAGGCUGGAUCCAAACACAGGUCACGACAGGAAGUGGAGAAGGUCCAGUCCACCGCGUCCUCAAAGCUGGACGCUGAGGAACAAAUGGAAAAGCACACGUGUGAAUUUAACAGAUAUCAUUGGUCAAAGGCCGUCACGGUGGUACAGCGGUUAGCACCGUCCCCUCACAGCAAGAAGGUCCCGGGUUCGACCGGUGUCUUUCUGUGUGGAGGUCCCAUGUUCUCCCCUCAGUCAGAUCACAUGCACGCUAGUAUUAGGUAGAGACUCUAUAACAUGUCCAUUGAGCUGCUCCAGGUUCCUGCUGGUUCCUUCAGGUUCCUGCUGGUUCCUGCUGGUUCCUGCUGGUUCCUGCUGGUUCCUUCAGGUUCCUUCAGGUUCCUGCUGGUUCCUUUAGGUUCCUUCAGGUUCCUUCAGGUUCCUGCUGGUUCCUGCUGGUUCCUGCUGGUUCCUGCUGGUUCCUGCUGGUUCCUUUAGGUUCCUUCAGGUUCCUGCUGGUUCCUGCUGGUUCCUUCAGGUUCCUGCUGGUUCCUGCUGGUUCCUGCUGGUUCCUUCAGGUUCCUGCUGGUUCCUGCUGGUUCCUUCAGGUUCCUUCAGGUUCCUGCUGGUUCCUGUUCACAAGAAGCCGUCGUAGACGUGUGCACCUGCUGCCGUCUGUCACCAGAGGAAGCUGUUCCCACCCGGGGCCUUCUAGUGGAACCAGCUUCCUCUGGUUUGGACUCGACAGUCAACAGGUUUCACUCGACACUUGAACUUGACACAAAGGAUUUGCACAGGUUGACUUCCCCCGGCAGGUGUGAUGCACAUCUUCUGCCUUCAAGCUCUUUUAUUUAAGCACAGAAGGUUCCGUCUGUUUCCAUAUGUGAAUCUAACGUUAAACAUUAAUUUGCCUUUACUUUGAUUUUCCCUGACGUAGAGAAAUGACUCAGCAGGUGAAAAUAAAACAAAUUCGAUAUUGAAGGAAAAAAUAAACUAAUGAAACUCAGAGUGCAGCUUGGAGUCGUCUCACAGGAAGAGGAGGCGUUUGGUUUAUUGACUUGAAGAAGGUCACAGGAGGAAAAAGGAUUUGACCUUAACACCGACUCUUCUCUGUGACGGAGGUUUAUGAAGUGAGGUGGAGCUCGACUGUCACUUCACGUGUGAGCAGCAGAAUGUCAACACUCACAGGACGCUGGUGUGUUUGUACAGAAGGUUUAAAACCAGAUGAGGACGUGAAGUCUUCAGAGACCUGGUGAGCGACACACGUCUGAACUCCUCUGAGGUGCGUUUGAUUUACACGACAGCAGAGCAGCUGGAGCUGAGUCACAGACGAGUUCACACAGGAGUUCUGUUUCGUCACAUUCACUCCUCCGCUGGUUGGACGUCUUCAGACUCUCGACACAGACGGACACUGGGACAAGGAUUCAUUCAAACUUUACAACUUGUGUUUCUUUGUUGCUAAAGAGAAGUUUCUCACGUCAAUGUAAAGCACAAGAGAAUAUUAUAUUUCUCCUAUUAAUUCCUGUUUUAACACCUUUUUAUAUAUUUAUAAAAUCACAAUAAAAACUAAAUUGACUUAAAAUUUACAUAAAAAAAUAUAUAACAACAAAUAAUAUACCAAUAAUCAAUACUUAGCUGAUCUGUAUAAAUAUCAAGAAAAAUAACCAUAAUUUUUUUGAGCUUUAUAAAAACAAGUCAGAUUAAAAGCAACUCAAGGGCACCACCUGGUGGCAGACGCUGUGCAGCACAUCCAACUUCAGGAAAAUACUCAGUUAUGAAUAUGUUUGUUUUACUUUGUAGUUUAAACCAACGUUACUCGAGUAAAUGUUUACUAAUAGACAUUUCCUUAAUAUCAAGGUAUUGAUGCAUGAUUACAAAUUAACCUGUCAACUUAUAUAAACAUUAAAAAGUUCUUUACAAUCUGAACUAAACUAAGUUUAUGGAACAAGAGAAGAGUCAGACGACAGAUUAUUACUGAAUAAGAGUCAAACUAGUUAUGUGAAGAGAUAUUUCCUGUUUGUGAAACAGGUCAGAGGUCAGCGUACGUCCUCGGCUCAGAAACUCAGAAGCCUUCUGCACAUUUUCUGCCAAAUAUCAGGUUUUUGUACUUUUCUACUGUUUGAUAUUAAAACUCAGUUUGAUGUAAACACGAUGAUGAAGAAUCCUCGGUGCCUGGUUCACGUGGAGCGACUCCAGGUUUCAUUCACAGAGAAAAACCCUCAAACCUCAGAUGAGUUUUCUUGAGUCUGAUGUUUCUUCACAUCUCAGUUUGUUGCCUGAAGGAAACGAGUUGAGAAAUAAAAAAAUUUAAA